AUGAGCGGGCUCUGCCUCUCUGCAACCUUUCUUUUCCUCCUGGUUAUCCUGGUGGGCAGCACCCUGGUGUAUACACACCAUACCCAGGAUCAAGGUGUGGAGACAAGCCAUCAACUGGGACCUGAGAAGCGUUCAGUAAUGGAUGUGGUUAAAAAUAUCAUUGACAGUGUUAUUACAGUUACUAAGAUUGUCAGAAAGGAAUCCAGUAUAACACAAGGAUUGGCUGAAACCAUACAUAAAGACCUGAAAGGUCAGGUGGUGAUUUCCAGAGCACAACUCGAUAACCAUACAGUAGAGGAAUUCCCAAUGCUCAUUUCUCAAUACUCAACACUCAAUGAGGACAAUAAAGGUGUGGAGACGAGCCAAAGAAAGGGACUUGAGAAGCGUUCAGUAAUAGAUGUGGUUACAAGUAUCAUCGAUGGUGUGGCUACAGGUACCAAGAUUGUCCAAAAGGGAGCCAGUAUAUUAACAGGAUUGGCUGAAAUAAUCAACAAAGCAAUUAAACGUCAGGUGAUGAUUUCCAGAAUACAAUUUGAUAACCAUACACUAGAGGAAUUGCCAACACUCAACAUUGAAUACUCAGCACUCAGUGAGGAAAAUAAAGGUGUGGAGACGAGCCAUAGAAGGAAACUUGAGAAGCGUUCAGUAAUAGAUGUGGUUACAAGUAUCAUCGAUGGUGUGUCUACAGGUACCAAGAUUGUCAAAAAGGGAGCCAGUAUACUCACAGAAUUGGCUGAAAUAAUCAAUAAAGCAAUUAAAGGUCAGGUGAUGAUUUCUGGAAUACAAUUCGAUAACCAUACACCAGAAGAAUACCAAACACUCAAGAUUGAAUACUCAACACUCAAUGAGGAGAAUAAAGCAGCUUCUAAGCCUGCCUUCUGCCUGGAACCUAAAGUAACAGGUGGCUGCAAUGCCUUGAUGACCAGGUACUUCUACAAUGCCCAGACCGGCCUCUGUGAGCAGUUUGUGUACGGUGGCUGUGAAGGAAAUGCAAACAACUUCAAGAAGUUAGAGGACUGCAUGAAGACCUGCUCUCAAGAGGCAGGGUCCCUGUGGUAA